CAUAACUUAAGUUUUCUUGCAGGCAAUGUAGCAAAUCCCUUGAUGCAAUUGUCAGUUUCCCGAAGCAAUCAAACAUUGAUCCACCAGUGUUCCUUAUAGCUCGAAAUCGAAGUGUAGCGGACAAAACCAGACAAACGACUUGACGUCCGAAAAAUAUAAAGAGGGAUAAAGAAAAAGGCAAGUACUUUUUUGAAAACAGGCAAGUAGCUUCUUGAAUCUUGAUUUAUCGUAAUCCAGAAGAAUUGGGAUUAGAAAAAUGGGUCGGAUUCACGCGCAGCUGAGCAUGCCUACAAAUUUUAUAGUCAGGCCGACAAUAUUCUAUCUAUUUAUAUAUGUAGUAUAAUUUUACAUUUCUUCGAAAUUAUGUGUGUUUUCUUAAUAUUGAAUUGAAGUGGAUUUAUUGGUUUGAACUGAAAAGUUUGAAUUUUUGGUAAAUUGAACUUACUUUCGGUAGUAUAGGGAUUUUGUAUAAUGUUUUGCUGAGGGUUUUCCUAAUUUAUCUACUAAUGAAUUUUUGCACUUUUAAGGGUUUGUUUAUCUGGGGUUUUUGUUUUUGGAUAAGCUGAACUGACUAUGUAGAGAUAUACCUGAGAAAUCCUAUUUGCUGGUAUACCUUUGUUUUUUUCUUUAUGGCUUUUUGGUUGAGAAUAAAAUAGUGGGCACUACUUGGAUUCUUUUAUUACCUUCUUUUUCUUGUCCACCCUUUUAUGGGUUUCAUGGGAAUUGUUGGUGGGUUUCUCUUUCUUACUUUCAUAAUGAUCCUUGGAUCAGUAGAUUCGAGGCGGCAAAGACUAGACAAUAAGUUUGUGGAAGAUUUAAGUGAUUUUGGUUUGUUCUAGUGAACUUUUUGUGUUUUAAGCACAGAUUUGAGGGUUUAAUUUUUGGAGGGUGUAAGUUGCUUAUUAUAGAACGAGCUACUAGAGCAACGGAAGAGUUGAAAAGAAACAAGGUUUUGAGAGAUGUUAUCGAAAUCAACAAACAAUAAUACUAGUGCUAAUAGUGCAAGGAGCAGUUCUGCUCGAUCAAGGGAAAUUGCUCGUGUGGUAGCACAGACACCAAUCGAUGCUAAAUUCCAUGCGGACUUUGAAGACUCUCGGUUUGAUUACUCUACAUCAAUUGAUUUCAACAUUUCAAGUUCAACUAGCAAUGUUCCUUCUGACACUGUAUUGGCUUACCUCCAAAAGAUGCAGAGAGGAGGACUUGUUCAACCAUUUGGUUCCAUGAUUGCUGUUGAUGAGAAAAAUUUAAAGGUUCUUGCUUAUAGUGAAAAUGCCCCAGAGAUGUUGGACUUGGCACCACAUGCUGUUCCAAGCAUCGAGCAGCAAGAAGCUUUAACUUUUGGAACUAAUGUGCUAACACUUUUCCGAUCUCCAGGUUCAGCAGCGUUGCAGAAAGCAGCUAAUUUUCCAGAUGUUAAUCUUCUUAAUCCUAUAUUGGUCCAUUGUAAAACCUCUGGCAAGCCCUUUUACGCAAUAUUGCAUAGAAUUGAUGCGGGAUUGGUUAUAGAUUUAGAACCAGUUAAUCCAGCUGACGUGCCAAUCACAGCUGCAGGGGCACUGAAAUCAUAUAAACUUGCUGCCAAAGCCAUCUCAAGGUUACAGUCUUUGCCCAGUGGGAAUAUGUCACUACUUCAUGAUGUUUUGGUUAAGGAAGUUAGUGAUUUGACAGGUUAUGACCGGGUGAUGGUUUAUAAAUUUCAUGAAGAUGAGCAUGGGGAAGUUGUUGCAGAGUGCCGUAGACCUGAUUUGGAGCCUUAUCUUGGUAUGCAUUUUCCAGCUACUGAUAUACCACAAGCUUCAAGAUUCCUCUUCAUGGAAAACAAGAUUCGGAUGAUUUGUGAUUGUUUGGCCCCCCCAGUAAAAGUAAUUCAAAACCAGAGCUUGGCUCAACCAUUAAGUCUUUGUGGAUCCACGUUGAGAUCUCCUCAUGGUUGUCAUGCACAAUACAUGAAAAAUAUGGGCUCAAUUGCAUCUCUUGUGAUGUCAGUGACAAUUAAUGAGGAUGAUGAUGAGAUGGAAACUGAUCAGCAAAAGGGAAAAAAACUGUGGGGUUUGGUGGUUUGCCAUCACACUAGUCCCAGGUUUGUUCCUUUUCCUUUGAGGUAUGCUUGUGAGUUCUUGAUCCAAGUCUUUGGUGUUCAGAUCAACAAGGAAAUGAAGUUGGCAGCUCAAAUGAGGGAAAAGCAUGUCUUGCAAACUCAAACUUUACUUUCUGACAUGCUCCUAAGGGAUGAUCCUGUGGCAAUUGUUACUCAAACUCCUAAUGUCAUGGAUCUUGUCAAGUGUGAUGGUGCUGCACUUUACUUCAAGAAAAAAUUUUGGUUGCUUGGUGCUACCCCCACAGAGGCACAGAUAAGAGAUAUAGCUGAAUGGCUUCUUGAGUACCACAGUGAAAGUACAGGCUUAAGUACUGACAGCCUUAUGGAAGCUGGUUAUCCAGGUGCAUCAAUUCUUGGUGAUGUAAUUUGUGGUAUUGCUGCUAUUAGGAUCACUUCAAAAGAUUUCCUUUUUUGGUUUAGGUCCCAUACUGCUAAAGAGAUCAAGUGGGGUGGUGCAAAGCAUGAUCCUGAAGCCAAGGAUGAUGCAAAAAAGAUGCACCCUAGAUCAUCAUUCAAGGCUUUUCUGGAGGUAGUCAAAUGGAGAUCCUUGCCUUGGGAAGAUGUUGAAAUGGAUGCCAUCCAUUCUUUACAGCUAAUAUUGCGAGGAACCUUAGAAAAUGAGGCUGUAGAUGAUUCCAAAAUGAUUGUGGAUGUUACAUCAGUUGAUGACAGAAUACAAAGGGUGGAUGAAUUACACAUAUUCACAAAUGAAAUGGUUCGUGUUAUUGAGACAGCUGCUGUUCCCAUCAUGGCUGUAGAUGUCUUGGGUAAUAUAAAUGGGUGGAAUUCCAAAGCGACUGAACUUACCGGUCUGUCUGUUGACCAAGCUAUUGGCACCCCCUUAGUUGAUCUUGUCGAGGGUGAUUCUGUCAAUUUAAUUACAAGAAUGCUAUCGGCAGCUUUGAAAGGUAUGGAAGAGAAGAGCAUUGAAAUCAAAUUUAAGACCUUUGCUUCUCAGGAAACCUGUGGUCCUGUACAUUUGGUAGUUAAUGCAUGUUGCAGUCGAGAUGUAAGGGGAAAUGUGGUAGGAAUUUGCUUUAUUGCUCAAGACCUUACACAGGAAAAAAUAGUUAUGGAGAAAUAUACUCGUAUGCAGGGUGAUUAUGUUGGAAUUUUACGGAGUCCAACUGCCCUUAUUCCUCCAAUUUUUAUGACUGAUGAGAAUGGUCAAUGCUUGGAGUGGAAUUAUGCAAUGCAAAAUUUGUCUGGUUUGAAGAGGGAGGAAGCUGUUGGCCGAAUGCUUCUUGGGGAAGUGUUCACAGUCAACAGUUUUGGCUGUCGGGUUAAAGGUAAUGAUACUUUAACCAAACUCAGGAUAUUACUAAAUGGAGUAAUGGCAGGUCAAGAUGCAGAUAAGUUGUUAUUUGGAUUCUUUGAUCAGCAGGGUAAAUAUGUUGAAGCUUUAGUAUCUGCAAGCAAAAGAACUGAUACAGAGGGAAGGAUCACUGGGGUUCUGUUCUUUUUGCAUGUGGCUAGUCCAGAACUUCAAUAUGCUCUACAGGUGCAGAGAAUAUCAGAACAGGCUGCAGCCAGUAGCCUUAAUAAAUUGGAAUAUAUUCGCCAAGAAGUAAGGAAACCUCUAAAUGGAAUUAUGCUAAUGCAGAAUCUAAUGGGGACUUCAGACUUAAGCAAAGAACAAAAACAGCUUCUGAAAAUGAGCAUUUUGUGUCAAGAACAGUUAAACAAGAUUGUAAAUGACACUGAUAUUGAGAGUAUUGAGGAAUGCUAUAUGGAAUUGAACUCCGAAGAAUUUAACCUUGGUGAAACUCUGGAAGUCGUCAUAAAACAAGCAAUGAUGCUAUGCCAGCAGCAGCAGGUGGAGAUUAUUCGUGAUUUACCGGCAGAACUAUCAUCUAUGAACUUGUAUGGAGAUAACUUGAGGCUUCAGCAAGUCCUUUCAGAUCUUUUAACAAACACACUCCUCUUUACCCCUGCAUUUGAGGGAUCAUCAAUUGCAUUCAGGGUAAUUCCAAGAAAGGAACGCAUAGGGACAAAUAUUCACCUUGUUCAUCUCGAAUUUUGUAUCUCACAUCCAGCCCCUGGGAUUCCAGAACAUUUAAUCCAAGAGAUGUUUCACCAUAACCAGGGUGUUUCAAGAGAAGGACUUGGCUUAUACAUCAGCCAGAAGCUUGUAAAGAUUAUGAAUGGAACCGUGCAGUAUCUCAGAGAAACAGAACAGUCAUCUUUCAUUAUCUUAAUAGAACUUCCAUUGGCUAACCAGACAUAAUGGCUUCAUGAGUAAAGGAGAAAAAUAAUUUCUGCUGUCAGCUUCACAAAGUUGGUUCUCUACCAUCUAAGUAAUAAUGAAAUAGCUCAGCAUUAAAAACCAGCUUUUGCUUCAGAGCUGCAUGCUACUGGAAAUCGUGUUGCGCAGCUUCACGUCAUGCCCUGUUCUUUUGUCAAGCUGCAGAAGAGUUGCUGCCUGUAUUGAACAGUUUUAUCCAUUGAUCGAAUGAUGACAACAAACUACAUACAGCUUUAUGAAGAUGCGGCGUUGGCGAGGCAAGACGAGGCGAGGCGAGGCGUGCCAAUCUGUGAAGUGGAAUAUCUGGUAUGGGGUAAGCAUAUCCAAACAAAAACAAAAUUGUCAGAAGUUUAUGAGCGUAACUGCAUUUGACAAUGAGGAUGAGGAUAAUCAAUUAUUAGCUGCAGAAGUGGAAGAGGGAUUUGCUGACAUUGGGUCUAAACCAUUGGCAUAGUCUUUCAAGACGAAUUGAAGUUUACAGUGAUAGUGUUCAUUGUAUUUUCUGCAGUUUGUUCUUUAGCCCUUGGGAAUGGCAAUUGGCAACUUCAGAAGCAUGUUGUUGGCUAUCAAAUAGCGUUAAAUUCAUAGGUUUUAGCUUUUUAAUUAUUACAACUGUUCAUGCAAUUAUGAAUAUAAUUGACUUGCCAUUUCAGGAGAUACUUGUACAGAUUAUUCUUUUGACAGUAAUAUAUAUUCUUGGAAGAA